AAGCUAAUGAAUAGUACCACUGGCCUGCUUAUAAACGUGAUCCGGUCACUUACCACAAGCGUCUCGGAGGAUCAGCGAGAGUUGGAGAAGUCUCGCCUACAGAAAGGGUUUCAGGAAUCUGAAGCACUCAUUGACAAGUUGGUUAAAUCUCAUCAAAAAGAUGUUGAAGAGUGUCUUGAUUCCUUUAGGGAUAUCUCAACCAGAUUGUCAGCAUGUCGUGAGAGGAUUCACAAUGUCCGAAACGCCUUACUUACAUGCAAGACACAUCUUGAGUGUCGGCGUGAUGACUUAAAGAAGCUUUGGCUUGAGAAUUCCCAACAAAAGCACAUUUGUGAAAUCAUGGCACAAUUGGAUGAUCUCAGAGAAGCUCCUUCAAAGAUUGACACUCUCAUAAGUCAAGGAAAUUAUACGAGCGCUGCUAAGAUAGCUAGUACAUCUCAUGAUCUUCUUCAUGGAAGACUGGCUAAAAUUGAAGGACUGUCACAAUUGCGCACCUUGAUUCGAGACACUUCUGAGCAUUUGAUUGAGAAGAUAGUAGAUCAGAUUGUGGAUAUCCUUGUGGUUGAUCCAUUUGAAAAUCAUGUAAAUAUUGAGAUAUCGGGUCCUGUUGUUGUAUGUCGACCAUCUGCAUUUAAUAUUGUACCCAUGUUUCCGUGGUUGAGAAAGUUAAUGGAUCUGAUUGAGAAAGAAACCGAGGAGUCACCAUCUCAGCUGAGGCGAUUUGUGCAUUCUUUCGUUAUGGAGCUCUUCGUAGAGCGGGUUAAAGCUGAUCUAGCCGAUCGGAUCGAGAAUGCUUUGAGAAGAUCUGAUAACUCUCUAUUGCCAUCGUGUGAACGCGUUCUUGAACUAUGCCAAGAAGUUCAUGGCCUCAUUGUUUCUAUGGAUCUUUAUGCAGAUCGAUUUUCUGCACUAUGGUUGCUUGUUCUAACUGAUUAUAAUAAGAGUGUAACAGAUAUGUAUGAAAAGACCACUAAAUCACUUAGUGAAGUGGAUGGGAUUACUUCAAGACGUAAAAUAAGUGCUGCUUGGGCUGCCGAUGAGGACAUAUCACGUUUGCUAAUGAGUCUUCCUAACUGGUUAAUGACGGCAUCGGAAGUAACACCAAGUACUCCGAGUGUGCUUAAUUUUGAAAGUGAAAAAGAUAUUCGUCAGCGAAACGAGCGGGAGUCUGAAAUUCUUAUUGGGAACCUUGCUACUCAAAAAAAGAUUGAGCGUGCCGAGUUGUUAACAGACAUGGCAGACGUGCGAACAUUGGCGGCAUUGCACGAAAGCUUGCGGUGGUUUUCUCAUGAGGUCCGUAUGCUAAUUUCAACCCUUCCGUUACAUGUAAAAGCAACUCUUCGUGGGUGUAUGGUACAGGUUCGAUUCAAAGAUGGGCAAACUACUGACAAUGAACCUGUGUUGGAAGCAAUGGAGGAUUGUAUUAGACGCCUGGACGCAAUUUCAGAUAGCUGCUUGCUUAUGCUACACCUUGAAUUGAGAGUGCAUUGCUUUUUCCAUCUUUUACCAUUGGCGCGGCCGCGAAAUAUUGGUGUUCACGAAGAAUUGGAUGCCGAGGUUGUUGAACUAGGACGUGAUCUACAAGCGUUCCAUCAAUUACUAUCCUCGAUUCUGUCGCAACAUAAGCUUCGCUAUAUAUUUGAUGGGCUGGGCCAUCUUUGCGCUGCUAUAUUUAUACAUUCCAGCCAGCACAUGCCACGUUUGACAGACGCUGGUAAGAAGCGUGUGUGUCGUAAUAUCUGGGGCGUCCAGAAACGACUGUCGCAAAUUACAUCUCGCCGAGAAGCAGAACUUGACCGAGCUCGUGCAUUUUUUGAACUCCUUGCACAUGAACCAGACCGACUACUCGCUCAUCUGCCGGACCGCCGCUCGCAAUUUAGCCCGCUAGAAAUGAGCCAUCUGGUCGCACUAUCUGUUCGUUCCCAUCCAACACUCGCUAGUCAACACGGUGCACUUGAACAGCGUCUCGAACAACUAUCUGUACUGUUGAAACAACCUGUUUAA